CCGAAGGGUAAGGCAAAGGGAACUAUGCCCAUACAGCCAUGUCUUACGUAUUUUUUUUUCUUGAUGAUUAAUGAAAUGAUGAAAGGAGAUGAUGAUGAAACCUAAGCCCCCACCCUCGGAGUAGACUCCUACUCCGAACUCCAAACGAAUUACCUCAAAAGUCCGCAUAAACUUUCGAGUUAUGAAGCGGCUUCGUGGCACGAAGCGAAAAUAGGCAGAUACACUUUGUAUAUUGAAUAGUCCGAUAUAAUAACACUCGCGAAUAUCUUCCGACCAACUUAAUGCGAUCAUUAAGCACAAAACACCACUUCGUAUUAAUUAUUUAGAUUAUUCAAUGAAGAAAGCAACUGUCCCGUUCCCGUUUCCCACCAAAAAGCCUAUCUUCCCUUCUAUGGUGUUUGUAGUGUUGUCAAUUAUUUUGAAUAAAACCUUCAUUUAGAGACCGUGCGCCCCGGCCACUUUUAAAAACAUAAUAAAAUUCAUAAAAAGAAUGACAUCUCGAAACGUCAUUGUCAAAAAUGUAAAAAAAACAUGGGUGGCGCAGGAGAAAACUAAAUUAGAAAUUGAAGAUUAUAGUCAGAAAUGAAGCGCCAAUAUUUUAUAUUCCACAUUAAACAGUAGAAACUAUUUCAGAAGAUAUAGUUUUUAAACGCACCGUGAGGUACGGAGGCUUCGUUAGCGGCGAGGACAUUGCAGGCUACAUCACCUGAUGAUCUGAUUGUCCGACAGUAAGAUGUUUCCGUGCUUCAGAGGGCACGUUGAGCCGCUUAAGCCGUCGGACCCAGUUAUGAAGACAAACCCGGGAAUGGAGGGUCUCGUAGAGGCUAUCGUGGACUUUGUGCGUGUGAGACAGCUGAAUUUUGCGGUCGCGGCGCUUCUGACGUUCGGUUACCUGGUGUACCAGUACUGGGGCGUGCUGUUCAGGGAGAAGAUUGACGAGUUCGAGGAGGACUGCCCGCAUUCGAAAAGAAUGGGCAGGUCACGUUCCAGAUCGCGCUCAAGAUCCAGAAGCCGGGCUGGUUACCACGAUAAAUCUGACAAGUAUGGCCGCACAGGACGGAGAGCCUACGGGCGCUGCCCGGACUGCAGCAAAUGCAACCUUGAGGCCUCCAAAUAAGGUCCAACAAUGUAACAUCGUUUGACGCCCCGAGUCCCUAUACAACUCAUAAAAUUGCAGUGCAAAUAAGUUAAUAUAUUUAUUUAUUCA